AUCCCUGUGCCCAAAGUACAACAGGUUUGGCGCCAGGACGACGUGACAUGCAUUACCAUGGACAUUGUCGGUGGAACAGAGCUGCAUUCCGCUUGGCAUGAUAUGUCUGAUAAGACAAAGCGCCGGGUUGUGGAACAGCUCAAGGGCUACCUCGGCCAACUUCGCGCCUUGAAACCUCCAACUGACGGGACAGUGAUGUCUAUAAUAGGCGGUCCUCUGCGAGACAUGAGCCGAGUUGGCAUGGAGACAUUUGGUCCAUUUCAGAACCACGAUGAUUUCCACCGGUUGCUCCGCGGGAACAUAUCAAUGGAGACCUUCGAAAAUAUGAUAGGUGUAGACAAAGUUGUCGAUUCGCAUCGCCAGCACUAUGCCACCAAAUUUACGCACGGUGAUUUUGCGCCGAGGAAUAUCAUGGUGAAACGGGACGGUUCAAUCACUGCUAUCGUUGACUGGGAUAGCGGUGGUUGGUUUCCCGAGUACUGGGAAUACACG